AUGGCUUCCUUAGCAACCGCAGGAUGCACCGUUAAACGUUGCUCGGUAGCUAUCCCAAAGCUGUUUUUUCUGUGUUUGCUAUGUGAGAAAAUGAAUAAGUCUGUCGAAAAUUUAAAGUAGACUUAAAUGUACAACUUUACAGGGAAAGCUUAAAAUUGUUUCACGUUUGACGAGCAAGUUUUAGCGUAGUUUCAUUAGUGCUAACCAACGCUAGCCGUCUUAUCCUAGUUACUGAAGUUGCGUUUGUUACUGAGGUUACGUCUAUUAUUGAUUAUUUUAAUGAUAUUUUGGUGUUUUCGUGCUAUACUGUGAGCGAAUUUGAACCAUUUUAAGUAGCUUUCCUUGAACAGAUGGCAUGCAUCACUAUUAAUGCUCCUGUUUCUGAUCAGAUGUGGCAUUUCAGGAUGUUGCUUUAUCUUUUGUUGUUUCAUAUAGGGGAGAGUGGGGUAGGAUGAGCCAUUUUUCAUAUUUCAGAUCACUACAUCAAGGCAAUCAUAGUUUUCUCUCUAACUAGUAUCUGCAUAUAUUUCUGAAUGUUAUGCAUCCCUGCAAACCAACAGAAUGAGGGUAAACAUAACUGUCUCGAUAAUAUAGCAUGCCAAAAAAGGGGUCUCCUAUGGUCAACUUACCCUGUGUAUGGGGUAAGUUGACCAUGUAAAUAAAUGAGCCGUAUCCCUACUACUCCCCCACUCUCCACCCCAGCCCUCUCUCACCUUCUCUCUCCCUAAAUAACAGUCACUUCUUCACAUUCGUGUGUAUUUUUAUCACUAUUAUACACUAUUCAACUGGUACAAUAAUUCUUUUCAUCAUUAUUGCAUACAACUGCUGAAAAGCUGUUUUGUAAAAAGUCAUUUCAACAUGAGAAUGUCUUAAAGUGAUUCAGAACAUUCACAGCUGUAUUUCUGAAAAGAAAAAGUAACACAUUUCAACAAUCUGAACUGAAACUCACUGACUUAAGUUACCCCAGAACUAUAAUGUUGACUUUUUUAGUCCUCUAAGAUAAAAUGGUGGACUUUGAUGUUUUUGACCUCAUGUUGUAGCUGAUAGAUACCUCAAUUGAUGUAUAAAUCAAAUUUAAAAUGAUCUUUUUUGGUCUGAACACAAUUUUAAUCAAACUUAUGACAGACUAAAUUCACUUUCAAGAGUGAAAAAUGUUUUUUUUGGAAAUAAAUGUCUAAACCCUUCACCUAUGUGCCUCUAACCUUGGCAGACUUAAUGAACUGAUGCCCAUCUCCUAAAUAUUUGGUCACAUGAUCAAUUUCUUUUACCAUUUCCAAGCAACAGGGGGUGGCUCAACUUACCCUAUUUUUAAUGGUCUUGUUGUUUUAUUUGUUUACACUCUUUGAAUUCAGCAUGGGGAUGGAGACUUCACAGUCCAUCAGCCAUGCUCACCAGACCCUCCCAGCUCUGACAAUGUGGACCACAGGAUGGCCACACAGGAGGCUCUAAAGUUCCUCAGGGAAGCCGAGAAGAACCGUCGACUGUAUGCAAAGCCACUCAUUGUCAUGCCAUAUAUCCUGUUAUUUGAACAUGUUCAAACACUUGACUUUCAAUUAGAUGCAGACUAGUCAUGAUUUAUAAACAAGAGCAGAAAAACAUGAUAUAUUAUUUCAAGUGAAAUAUACAAUACAUGUGUUGUAAUGUAAUGUAACAAGUGACAAAAUUAUUUUAGGGAUAAAUCAAACUCUGCUUCUUUUCCUCUCCAGGGUGGAGAAAUUGGAGAAAGAGAGGACAUUGAUCAUUCAGUGUAGAAAAAAUGGCUGGACAGAUGUGUACGGACAGCUGGAGGAAUACGAGAAAGUGCUGGAUGGAGAAAGAAAUGCUGAUAGUGAGUCUUUCUUUCGGGUUCAGUACCCUCUCUAAUUCACUCCCUACAGCUUUGCCGUGAGAGCAGACUAUUUCAAACAGACAUGUCCUCUCUGAAUACUUAACCCACAUGAUAGAAAAAAAGUGCUUAUCCUGAUUUUCAUGCUUGUUUUUAGAGAUGAAUUUUCAAAAGCAGCUGUUGAAGAUCCAUAAUGGUGUGAGGAAAUUUCAGAGACAUCUGACAGAUGUAAAGCCAACUUCUGAGUGUAAGUUCUUUCUCCCACAAUGUUUCUUUAUAAUAACUGAAACUUAAUAGUACAAUUCCAUUCAGCUUAUAGUACAAACUUGAAUGUUUAUGUCAUUCUGAACAAGGAGUACUGUGAAUGUGUUUUCAUAACAGUAAGAUGAAAAUUGGUUGUGUCUGAGUGAAUUGCAGUCUAGAUUUUUCCAUUUUGCUUUUUUUCAGUGAUUGAGCAACUGAAGGAAAUAAUGUCAGAGGUGGAAAUUUCAAUAAACACACUGAAAGAGGAACAGCGCUCAAGGUGGGUGGAUGCAAUAAACAGUUUUAGACCACAUAAUAAAAAACUGCACUUCUACAAAUGUCACAGCAAAUCUAUGGUGUAGAUUUUGAUAAAAGCAUGAAAAGUAUCAGAAACUCAUAUAUAAUGUAAUAAAGUUGUCAUUAUGUAAAUAAUGUGUGUGAAACCAAGGUACAGUUAGAAAAACAAUAUCUUUUUAUUCGUGUGGUAACUAUGCUGAGAAUGUAAGUUCUGUCAUAAGAAUAUGGUAAAUAUUUGAUCUUCGUGUUCACUUGUCUCUGUCAGCUUUGAGGAGCUUUUAAAGGAUGAGCGGACAUGCAGACAGGAAAUCACUGCUUACGAAAAGAAGAUUGAAAACUGGAGCCAAACUGUCCUACCAGAGAGACCCAAACAACAGUCAGCUCUCACUUUAAAGGUUUUAACCUCUGGAUUUCCUCUGAUUGUGGAUGAUUUGCACAAGAAAAAAAUGUUUUGUCUGAUUAUAGACUCCUCAAUUUCAAGUUUAUAAAUACAAUUUUACACAUCCAAGGUUUGUUCUGAAAUCCUCUGUGAGAAACUUUCUGUGUGAGGGAUCAACAGAGGACUAACCAUUUUUUUUUUUUCUAGCUACAAAUCUUUUACAAACAGCACUCUUUGACUUGUCUUUUCCACCAGACUAAAUCCCUGGACACAGACCUCCCUGUUGAAGUCAGAGCCUUUGAGAUUUUCCUUCAGAAAACAGGAGGUUCCAACGGAGGAUGGGACCAGUUUGACCACCAAGUCUUCCUCAAAGUAGGACAUUUCUACCUUGAUGUUUGGAUAACCAGUGCUGUAAUUCUCACCCUUGUAACUUUUACCACCCUCUACUUGUAAAUAAUUAUACACUGACUGUCACCCAGUGCUGCUCUUAAAGUCUUGCUUCAGGCAGCGUCAGCACUUGUUGAGUGAGACAUUGUUUGCUGCAAGUUUUCCUGCCAGACUUCCUGUGAUCUGUUUUGCUCACAGGUCAGGAUGAAGCACAGUGGGCAGCCAGCCUAUAGGAAAGAGGCCAAACUGUACCUGCCUGGUAAAACUGUGGAGGAGAUUGAGCAACAUGAGGAAUGGUAUCAGGAGCUUAUCUCCCUGCAAGACAGGAAGAGAGAGGUAGAGAACUUGGACAGAAAAUGUUUCAGCUUGAUGGGAAAACAAACCACGUGUGGAAAGAAAAAUAGAAAACAGGACAGAUAUCUUCCUGCUGUGGGCUAGAACUGACAUGAAGAUGAACAUGAACAUCCAAACUCCCACUGACAGACUGCAAGGUCUGCUGACAGUGUGCUUAAGAAUGAAUUGAUUGCAGCUUGGCUAUUGUAAGAGGUCGGAUAAGAGAAGCCAACAAAAAGAGUAUAAUACGCCAUUUUAUGUUUUCUAUCAGUAAAUCAUACUCAAAGAUUGUUAACAAAAGACAUAAUCUGGGUGGUGACAUUUUCUGAAGAGGUGCAAAGAUGACGCUGAGGGAUGGUAGCCAUCAUAUGGGAAAAAAUGACUUCAUUUUUAUUUUAGAGACAGGACAGUGAACAGAGUAGAAAACUAGGAGUGAGAGAGAGUGGGGAAUAAUGCAGUAAAGCACUGUGGGUUGAGAUUAAACACAGGCUAUGCACUGCAAGGAUUAUAUCCUGCUUGCAUGGGGCACAAUUUAACUGCUUAGCUAAAUCAGGGGUCUAAGAAUUAACAUUAAAAUAUGGAACUUAAUGCGGUUCCCUUGGCCUCUGGAUCGAGUGUUAAGUAGACACUGGAGGGACUGCUUUUUUCUACAUCUGCAUAGCUCCAAUUUUUAACAGCAGAGGUUGCCCCUUGCCAACAUUAUAAUGUCUUCAAAUUUUUCACAGCACAAGACUGACAGGAUGGAGAUUUAUUUUAGAAAGACAAAUUCCAUAAUAAAUUAUUUAACUUUUUGCCCAUCCUUUCCUAACUAUCUAUUGAUUUCUGUACAUCCCUGUUCAUUUAUGUUGAUUGAUACAGUCCUUUGAAUUAAACAAACCUUUGUUCAGAUACUGUAGUUGAAUGACUAAUAACCAUAACUUACCAUGAAGUUUUACAUUGUCAUGACCGCUUUUGGAUGUACACUGUUGUAUUUUGCCUGUCACAUGCUCAGUAAAUGCCUCAAUCAUUGUGAAUGGAUGAAAAAAUUUCUUUUAUACUUUAGUAGUUAAACAGUGAUGCACAAAAACUGAAUUAAUUUUAUAGUCUUUCUUACUCCAUAAUAUAUUUUAAUGUAUAAAAUCCACCUUUGAUGUAAAAAUUGUGAGGUGUACAUACCUAAUCUAUUUGCAUGUAUAGUAUUAGCCAGCCUCUUCAUUCAGUUUAAGCAUGAUAUAGCCAAGAGCUCACAAAGUACAUUUUGGAAGCUGUUGUACCGUCUUGAAAAUAUUUGAUGGUUUCUAUUUUCACAUUUUUGAACAUUAUCCAGGCUAUUCAAACAUGGAAAGCCAUCAAGCAACAAGAACGGCAGACGAGGAUCCAGAGUCAGGAAGAAGCGGGGGAAGCAGAGAGGAGGGAGAAGGAGGCCAAGAGCCAGGCCCACCUACACAAGUGAGUCAGAAGUAAAACAGAAUAAAUUAAAGAGAGAGAAAGUGGGGCAGACAUAGAUUUCAUGACUGAAGCGGCCAAAUGUAUAAUAUAUGGGUCAUACUUUCCCACCAGGUCUGAUGAGCAUGCAAAGUGUUUUAUUGGUCACCUUAAAAUAGAGAAUUUGAUUGCUUUCUUUGCAUAUCACUGUGUUAUCAUUUCUUCACUGCUGUGUUGUUUCCUUGUUUGUUUUAGGACCGAGGAGGAGAGGAGAGAGACAGCACAGCAGCUUGAGGAGUGGAGAGAAAAGAGGAAAAGAAAGCAGAGGCAGGAAGAAGAGCAAAGACUAGCUGAGGAGAUCCAAAAGAGUAGACAAGCAAAGGUGAUGUUGCCAUUGUGUGUGUUGAAAGCAUUGGGUUUUAGGGAGUCUAGUGAACAGAUGCAUACCCCGAAAGUUGACUUGACUCUCUGUCUUUAGGAAGAGCGUCGUCGCCAGCUGGAGGUGAAGAUGGCCAUUGAAAAGCAGCUACUGCUGAGGAGGGAGGAGAAGAAGGAAGAGGAGAGGAGAAGGAAAGAGGAGGAGCAGAGGGAGAUGGAUGAGAGGAGGAAGGAAGCAGCAAAGGGCAUCAAAUACUUUAAUGAAAGGGUACAGAGUCCAUGGAUCACAUAAACACAAGACCAGUUAGUCUGUUUUGACCAUGUCUGGUGUUUCAGGGGCUAGAUUGUAAAUGUGAAGAGCUUUUAAGUUUUACCAUGUUUUCAAAUGUAAAAUUAUCAGAAAAUGUUACUUUUAUUAGAUAAAUAUAAAGGAAGAAAUCCCCAUUCUUGGUAAAGCACAAUGUUUGGGUCUGUCUUCCUGCAGGAUCUUCACAAGGUAGAGGCAAAGCUUCAGGAGAAAAAACUAAGAGAAAAGGAGGAGGAGGAAAGACAGAGGAGGAUUACUGCUAAGUUAAAGGACAAAGUAAGGAGGAAGAUUUAACCACAAAAUUCGUCAAAUUUUAAAGUUUCAGAUACUGAGGUUGGUGUUUCUUUGUCCCCCAUUCAGGUGGAUGGUCACAUCAGCAGAGACACCUCCAGGCUUAUUAGACCUACAAAGGGCUGGGAGGAGCGAAUGAAACAUGUUGGACCUUCAGGAGGAGGGCCUGUGCUUCAGAUGUUUCAUAGGUUUGAUUACUUUUUACUUUUUCACAGUUGAGUUUCUUAAACGCCUUAUUUUUGCUUAAUAACAUACAUUUUUUGAUUUGUUGUUGCAGAGCUAUACCAACUUGGAGACAAGGCUUGUGA